AACGGUGAUUCAAUGCUCGUGCAACGGACGGCUGAAGAAAUAAAAAGUGAGCGCAUCAACAGAUCAUUUUUCAAACGUGUGAUCGAGUCGCUUGGCUUAAAUAGUGGAUAUAUAUGUAUGCCACAAAGUUUGGCUCUUUCCACUGAUCGCUCCCGACUGCAAAAGUUCCUUCGAAAUGGAUCUUGUGAGAGUGACUUCUGUUUUGACUUUCGUUAUGAUGAUGAUCGGAAUGACAGCAAGUCAAACUUGUCUGCCAAUAUUCUUGCGCUAUAACGAAAAACAUUCUUAUUGUCAGCCGAAGAACCCAUCAUGCAACAUACUUGCUACAUAUGUAACUGAUGAUGAAAAAGUUAUAAUUGUGGACGAGCACAACAAGUAUCGAAGCAAAAUAGCAGCUGGAAAGGAAUUGAAAUUGCCUUCUGCAGGAAAUAUGCUUCAAAUGGAGUGGGACGAUGAACUUGCGGCUGUGGCACAGAAGUAUGCUGAACAGUGCCAAUUCAGUCAUGACCCAGCGAGUGCUCGAAGAGUUCAAAACUUUGGUGUUGGUCAAAACAUCGCAUUAGAGACGCUGACAAACACUCAAGGAAUUCCAGCAGCAAAUUGGCCAUGGGCGGUUCAAAUUUGGUACGAUGAACUUCAAUACUUCAGCAAGGGAUUGAUUGAUCCUUUCGUUACGCCACCAUCGGACCCUACGUAUGGACAUUUCAGUCAACUUGCUUGGGCUGAGAGUUGGAAAGUUGGGUGCGGAUACGUUUUACACCAGGAAGGCGCUACUCUGAAAAAACUUUAUAUCUGUAAUUAUGGGCCAGCCGGAAACAUGCUUCCGGGUAGCAUGUACAAAAUUGGACAACCAUGCUCUGCUUGUCCUGUAAAUUCAUGUUGUGAUAAAACGUGUGGAAGUAAUGCUGAAUAUUCAGGACUUUGCAAAAUCACUGAUGGCCGAGCUCCUACUUAUAAGUCUCAAGAGUCCUACUUAUUUUACUGUGAUUUCACUGGCCAAAGCGACUGUGCAUUUACAUUUAUGGGUAUAAAUGACUGGAAAGUUUACACCACACUAUCAGGUAGCUACAUGGGAAUAGUUUUGGAUGGAGGGCAGGAGAGCACAAUUACAUUUUCCAACACUAUAAAGCCAACUUCUAACAAUUUUUGCGUUACUGUAAACUACCGCAAAGGUCCAGAUGCAGAUGGGCAAGCAGAUUCUAUUGCAGCUUCUGAAAGCUUUACGAUUCCAGCCCAGGAUUUUUCAAUAUCUCAAAGCCUACCAACUUAUUCCGGAGAUGCAAGACAGCAGUUUGCAAAGUAUUCUAUGACACUUAGCUGGAAUCAAGAAACACAGGUAAGCAUUGCUGUCUCUGUUCCAAGCGGAUCGGCUGCCCAGUUUUUCGAAAUAAAAGACAUCGCUGCCCAAGAUGGAGAAUGCAAGAAAUAGGAAAGAAAGCUUUGGAUUUCUUAAAAAGCAAUUUCAGAAAAGUCUGACUCUGUGUUAAACGAAAUGGUACAUUCCAGAAUUUAGCAAAUGUUUUGAAAAGACAAUAUCCUUGCUUUGAAACAUUCUUCUCUCCCCCCCCCCCCCAAAUUUUGUUAUAAUGCUUAGGAAAUGACGAAUUUCUGUGAGAAAAAUUUUACUGAACGUGUAGUUUUGAUGUAAAAUAUUAGUUUAAUAAAACCAGUAUUUAGUUCAAUUUCACUUCAAAACUGUGCAGAAAAAAUUACGGACAUAGUUCAAUAAAGUAUUUUUAGUCA